GAAAUUAGUUAGUUAGUGCGCCAUCUGCCUCGAUAUAUACAGCCUUUCUGGCUUACCGGGAGCUCCUGCGAGCUUCAAUAGCGGCUCAUCUAGCGCAAAAUGCCGCAGAGAGCGCUCCGCUGCUGGCCAUCUCCUUCCCUGCUGGCGGUGCCACGCUGCGACGGGCCUAACGGCCCCCAACACAGCUCUAGCUGUGUUGAGAAGCGAUAGGUGGACACCAGAGCCCUGCGGGACGCCCACAGGCUGGGACAGCCACAGCCAUGGGUGCGCGGGAAGCCCCGGGGGCCACCCCAUGGUGGGCUUUAGGAAUGCACAGUACCAGCAGUUCAAACGCACUUACGGUUUAACAAUUCCAAUUUUGAAAAAAAAAUGGAAAUCUGUCCAUUCGUCUCCUGCUUUAACCUACGCGGCUCUAACUUGCGCCACGAUUGUUUACGGCGUUCGGCCCGGCUUCUGCUGCGCUGAAAGGCGCGCACUAGCCGUAGGCACUCAAGCGCCCCAAAGCAGCCACCCCUCCUUCUAUCAACCAUGCUGUGCCAUGCCACCGCCGCGCUGGCCACCAACCAGUGCGCCAGGAGCCUGGGGCAGGGCGUCCUUGCGCUGUUGGGCGUUCGGGGGCUGUCCGCGGAGCCAGCGCUGGCGGGCGCGGCGCCCACUACUCCCCCUGCCGACGAGGUGGCAGCAUUCAGAGAGGACAUGCGCACGUUUGCUCAAGACUUCCUUGCGCCGCAUGCAGCAGAAAUUGACAGGCUCAAUGCCUUCCCCCCUGAGUUUGAGUUUUGGCGCAAGGCGGGCGAGUGGGGCCUGCAUGGCAUCACUGUACCUCAAGAGCAGGGAGGGCUUGGGAUGGGCUACCUGCACCACGCCAUUGCCAUGGAGGAGAUCAGCCGCGCCUCUGGGGCACUUGGGCUGUCCUAUGCCGUCAACAGCAGCGUCGCUAUCCAUGCCCUGUCUCGCCACGGCAACCAGAGACAGCGGGAAAAGUAUCUGCCCAUGCUGCUGACAGGCGAGCAUGUGGCCUCUAUCGCCAUGUCUGAGCCCAACUCUGGCAGUGACGUCGUCAGCAUGCGCUGCAAAGCAGAUAAAAAGGGGGACCAUUACGUGUUGAAUGGCAACAAAAUGUGGAUCACGAACGGACCUAUUGCAGACACCCUUAUAGUGUAUGCCAAGACGGAUCCAAAUGCUGGAAAGCAUGGGAUCACAGGCUUUAUUGGUUUCAGCACUGCACAGAAGUUGGAUAAGCUGGGAAUGCGGGGCAGCGACACCUGCGAGUUGCUCUUUGAGAACUGCGAAGUACCGGCUGAAAAUGUUCUGGGGCAGGAGAAUAAGGGCGUCUACAUGAUUAUGAGCGGGCUGGAUGUGGAGCGCCUGGUGUUUGCCGGUGGACCACUGGGCAUCUUGCAGGCAUGCCUGGAUGUCACACUUCCCUACUGCGUUGAGCGCAAGCAGUUUGGGCACAGGCUGGGCGACUUCCAGAUGACUCAAGCUAAGCUGGCAGACAUGUACACCGCCACCGAAGCCACCCGCAGCUACCUGUACAGCGUGGCCGCCGCCGCAGACGCAGGCCGUAUUAAUCGCAAAGACUGUGCAGCGGUCAUCCUGUUUGCCGCGGAGAAUGCCACCAGGAUGGCGCUGCAUGCCAUCCAGCUGUAUGGCGGCAAUGGCUACAUCAAUGAAUACCCCACUGGGCGGCUGCUACGAGAUGCCAAGCUGUACGAGAUUGGGGCGGGCACUUCCGAGAUUCGCCGACUGUUGAUCGGAAGGGAGAUGAUGAAGGAAGCUGCGCCAUAGCCACCGAUGUGGCCUUGCAUGGAAAACGCCGUAAUGCGGGCAAUGGAACCGCUUCAGUACAACUACCAAAUCUGGCCUUAUAGAUCUGGUACAUUGCCUGUUUGUUAUCUUGAAGGUUCAGAUCAGACUGGGUCUGUAAAUAGUUUUAACAAAAAGGG